AUGGUCACACCACUCCGCUGCUGCUGCUGGCGGACCACCACCGGAGCCACUCCUCGGUGCAGAGUCGCGACUCGCGCCACCACCGUCGCCACCGCCGCCGCCACCGCCGCCUCCGCCGCCUCCGCCGCCUCCUCCACCUCCGCCUCCUCCACCACCUCCGCCGCCUCCGCUCCCUCCGCCACCUCAACCGCCUCCGCCGCCUCCACUGCUGCCGCCGCCACCACCACCCCCGGCACCACUCCCACCACCACCCCCACUCCCUCCAACGCCUCCACCACCACCUCCACCGCCCCCUCCACCCCCUCUAGAGCCCUUGCCCCCCUUGCCCUUGCGACGAUUGUGGGAAAGGCAGCAAGGUCAGGGAAGAGGAAGGGAAGCAUGAGGCGGCUCAGUGCAGCAGUGGCAGGGGAAGAGUAG